CCAGUCAAAGAUGUGGGUGACAUGCUCCCAUCUCAGCUUUUGAAGAUGCUCCUUCCUUUCAUGCUGAAUGAAACACUACUACAUUCCUUAAAUUUAUCUGACAGCUCAGCAGACUGGCAUAGGCUGCCUGUGUUUUCCCAUCUGUUACCGACUGUUUCCACUUGGAACAGCAGUAUAUAUGGCCUGCUAAAGGCUGGGGGAAAUGCUUCCGACAGCUCCGAGUGGAGACAUGUCUCACGGCUCUGGCAUGCCACUGGCAAAGUGUUGACCACCAAAUGGAACCUGACAGAAGUGGAUGAGUAUGUGAAACUCUUGGAAAUUAUGAAAAAAGCUCUAAUUCUUGUGGACUUGGGGGUAGCUCAUGGAAAAACAUUAGUGCACAAGAUUUUUCAUAAUUCCACUGGAGGAAUGAAAUCGUCAGAUCUGAAUGAUUUAUUUAGUUUAUUAAAACUCCUUUUCAAUUCAACUUCUGCCACAAACAGCACUCUGGAGUUGGAAAGAAUAUUUCAGGAAGUAGUCCCACUGUAUGAGAUUGAUGGUAGAGGACUGUUUUACACUAAUCCCCAAGGGAAAGAAUAUCAAGAUAUUCUAACCACGGCUGCAGUGAUUUGGAAUCAGAUCAUCUUAAACAGGACUCAUUUUAAUACAGAGAAAGCUUGGGAGGUUAUCAAAAUGAUUGCACUUCAUGCAAUCUCGCUUGAAGACAUAGAAAAUUAUCCCAGCAUAAAUGAAGAAGUGUCAUCAUUAUUUUCUGACUUCUUGUUGACCCCUAUAACUUCUGAAAAUUUUGCAGAGCAGCUCUCGUCCCUCGAACAGCUUCUUGCUGCCGUGGCAAAGGUGAAUACCAGUGAUCAUUAUCUGCUGAUCUCUUCUUUGUCUAAGCUAAUGCAGAAACUCCAGAGUUCCCCUCAUGGAAGGCUGGGAAAUGAACUUCACACUUUCUUGCAGAUUGCUGAAAUUGUCCAGUCCAUGAACUGGGACAGCAUAGACAGUCUUACUUUCCGCUCACUUCUAGACAUACUGCAAAAUCUGGUCAGUGCCAUGAAAAGUGACUCCAGUCUUCCUCUCAGUAAGGAACUUAAGCAGCUAAUACGCAUUAUGUCCUCUGUAUUUGAGCUGUACGAUGAAGUCAACCCUGGGGGAGCCAACAUCUCCAUAUACUUGCAAGCCUUACAAAGGAGUAUCCGUAUUUUAAAAGAUUUGCAGAAAAGUUAUGAUAUCAGUGAGCUGGAAACUGUUAUCCGAUAUUUUGAUUUUUAUAGUAACUAUGUCCAGAGACUGUAUGAAAUAUGGAGAGCAGGCAUGAAAGUCCUUCAUGACCCCAGCUUAAAUAGAACAGUGGAAGAAAAAAUAGGCAUUGUUGUUCAUGUCUCGCAGAUGCUGUUGGAUGGGGAGUUUAGCGAGUCUUCCUUACAGCACACUGCUUCUCUGAAGGCCAAAGUGGCAGAUCUCAUGUACUUAGUCUUGAGCCCUUUCCUUGAGAAUAGCGAUGGCAGUUCCAGGACAAUCCUGAACUGCUCCGCUCAGGAUGUGCUCCACAUAGCAGCUCAGGUGCUUUUUGAAAAUACCACCCUAAGCAAGUCCUUAGCCAGGAGCCCCUGCAAAGCACUCUUUGAUUUCCUGGACAUGGAGAGAGGAACUCUGCACAACGAAAGCUUUACCAAACUGUUCCAGCUUGCCAUAUCGAACCUGAAACUGUCUCCAGAGUUUGCUAGUGUCUACAAGAACAGCAGCGAACGCUUCUCCAGGGAGCUGUCGUGCACCAUCCAGUCUCUGCAGUUUACUCUGCACCUCCUUUCCAAAUUUAAGCUCGUCUCUGAGCUGGAAAACUCUUGGGUACAGGAGAAGAUGACAGCUCUGAGUGCUGUCGUGGAGGGACUGCUGCAGAGUAAUGCCUCCUGCCCCAUCCCAGUCAAAGAU